UGAAGUGGUGAUCAAGCUGUGGAGCAGUGUUCGGAAAACUGCGACACCCUUGACAUUGUUCGAUGAUACAUGAAACAGUUGUUCGACUUUGACUUUGAGCUGACCUGGGAAUAUGGCUUUGAUGUUUGUGGAGACCCCGAGCCUGAAACGGGCCGUGGCUCUCAUCAACAAUCUUGCCCCUGCCAAAUUUCCUCUUCUAAUUCAACGUGUUCUGCAGAAGUUGCAUUUGUCGAAUGAGCGUAGCUUCACCGAGGAGGAAGAGGAGAAGCUGCAAGAUGUGUUUCAAGUGGAGGGACGCGAUCUGAAACUUGUUCUGGAAACAAUCACUUUCUUUCUGCAGCAGGCUGCGUACCAUCUCUGUAAGCCAUCCGUGCUAAGUCAACAGCUGCAGAAUGUCAACCUAUCCGAGGAGAAGACCGCUGUAAUUGCAAAGGCAUGGCAGAGCUCAGCGCAAACCGUUGUAGAGCGCCUGCGCGAGACAAGCUUCUAUCCGAAACAGCUGGAUGAUGUUAACUGGAGACUGAACUUGCAGAUGUCCCAGGCAAGCAAAUCUCGCAUGAAGCAGCCCAAUGCGAUCUUUGAGUUUGAUAUCUCCAGCGGUUCCAAGACUGUUGACAAAGUACAAGCUGAGUUCACACACGAAGAGCUGUACGACUUUUACAAACAGCUCGAAACGAUUCAGGGCCAGUUGGAUGCAUUGAGCUGAGAAGAGUGAGCGAGAGAGGGUGUACGCUCCCGUAUGUUCUUCCCCUUCCGAUGCCGUGCUCAUCAGCAAAACUUGUUCAGUUCUGACUAGGCCGAUCCUGUAAUUCCGUAUGGGUUUCAACUUUCAAUCGUGAAACCCAGAUAGUGCCAGCAGGUGCCCUUUCGUCGUGCCCUGUCUUCACAACCGGGAGAGAUUGCGCUACUUGCUUUUACUAUCUUCAAUACCCGGAAGCUCCACUGCAGCCAGCUUUUACUAGCGUAUCUUUUUUUUUCCUUUCCGAUGCCGGCCAUUGGGUCCAGGCUCUCACAUGUUUCCUCACUCGUGUAAUAGAGUGAUUGCACACAUGUUCUAAUCAAGUAUAGUUGUCGCAGGCUGGACCUGUGUAUUUGUAACUACUGCUUGGACACCGUCCGUGCUAAAACUCCUGUGUACAGUCAUGUAUAUAUUAGUAUUAUUUUUUCUUUUCCUUUGUUAGUGGAUGUUGUCACUCAUGUGUUUUCUUAUUAGACUGUAUCAUGCAAGAGGUUUAGAGGAACGUUUUACUUGGA